ACCUGAUGAAUUUAAUCCGUCAAAAUUUAUGUCCCGGUGUUCAUAAAGAAGGUGUCUCUCGAAGCCGCAUCUGGGCAAAUACCAUGCUCGUGAUUGCAAGGCCAGUAGUUGAAUGGAAGUUCUCUUGCGCGCGCGCGCGAACGUACUAGCACCUUCCGAGACCACUGAGCCAUCCAUCACGAAACGGAAUCGGAUCCAUACGGUCACUAUCCCAUUACCAACGGCCCGAUCACCUAAAAGACCAAAUUAUCCUCAACGACGAAGCGAAUGUUCUAGAGAAGUUAAUGGCGCGCCAUAUUUCGGGAGAGCAGUCACAGCGACAGCGAAUACGAUUUUUAUUAUAUAUAUCGAUCCAUUGAAAAAGCUGAAGCUGGAGGGAUAUUGCAUCUUGUUUGUCUAGAGAGUUCCUACUUCCAACGGGUCAUCACAGCAUUUUGGGUUUGAUUGAUUAAGAUGAUCGAAGUGGUGCUCAAUGACCGUCUGGGGAAGAAGGUGAGGGUAAAGUGUAAUGAGGAUGACACCAUCGGUGACUUGAAAAAACUUGUGGCUGCUCAGACGGGUACCAGACCUGACAAGAUCCGCAUUCAGAAGUGGUACACCAUCUAUAAGGAUCACAUCACCCUAAAAGAUUACGAGAUUCAUGACGGCAUGGGCCUGGAGCUCUACUACAACUAAUUACUGAUUUACACCUUGUACCACGUAAUCUGAGCACGCAUAAGAGGAUAUAACUGUGCUUAUACUUCCCUAUAGUUAAGGUUGAUGUGUAUCCUCCACGUAAUAAUACGUUUGAGGCGCUCAAUUUUGAAAUAAAUACU